AUGCGUCGCUCUGGUGCACCUCCGCGUCUUCACCGCCUGCCACAGCGUCUGGACUACACUUUGAUCCCGGCACCGCUGGACUUGGCCAAGCCCCUGGUGGACGAGAAAUCUCCCCUGCCGGCCAUCAUUGUCACUCCGUCAUCCCCUUCACACGAUGGGGACUUUGCCAUCGCGUUCUUGAUGCCUCCCCCCAAGCCCUCAACGUGGCAGCGAAUGGUCGACUCGCUCCCCACCAUUCCGCGUCUCCCGUCCCAAAUCCAGCUCCCGCCGUCUCCCAAGCCGGAGUACGAGCGCGUCGGGUCGUGCAAGACGCGUGCGCGUGCCACCGUACUGCUCUUGCUCCUGCUCUUCAUCAUGGUCUGUCAUGUCGUCAUGCAUGAGAUUGCCAAGGAUCGUCCGCGCAUGGAGUUCAGCAUGGUUCACGACACUGAGCUCGGUAUGCAUGACCAUAUGGCUACCGCAGGCGCCUCGGUUGACACACCUGCAAUGGACACCACGUCUCCCGCCUUCGGUGGGUGGUUCGAUCUGAACGCGCUCUGGGCACCCACAGUCGGCGAUUCGAAGCGGACCCCCGAUUUCGUUGUCAUCGAGGAAGGCACCGAGGCGCAAUGA